AUGUCAGACUCCCACGACGAUUCAGACGGGCCUGAGAGCCGUCGCAAGAGAAUCCGCCAAGCCUGCCUCAACUGCAGGAAGAAGAAGGUUCGCUGCACGGGUGAGAAACCGAUAUGUCAGUUUUGUAAUCGGCUUGGUCAACCUUGCGUUUAUGCGGAGGAUGGGAGGAGUCUUAGAAGGACGAAUUUGGCUGUUCAGCCUGCUUUGGGGGAUGUGCCUGAGGCUAUCAUGGAUAACAUCACGUCGAGGUUUGCUUCUUUAGAAGAUCAGAUAUCAACGCUGCAAGCUACAGUUGAAAGACUGCUGCCGCUGGUCACAAGUCCACAACCACCAAACAAACGUACUCACUACCAAGCCACUACCCCGGCCCCCGUACUCCUUCAGACCCCCUCAACCAUACAAUCUCACGCCAGUGAACGCCCUCAACCAAGCUCCCUUCUAUUUGCUGCUGAUGUCUACUUCCGCUACUGUCACAGCCAACCUUACUCCCUCUUUCACGAACCAACCUUUCGGCAACGAUUAGCAGAUGACACGCUGCCAACCUAUCUACUCUGGGGAUUCUUGUCGGCUGCAAGACGAUACUCAUCUCUACCAGUCACUCAAGUCAACUGUUCCGACGAUGCAUCUAGCUACGCUGCCAAGGCUUGGGAAACCAUAGAACUUCCUUGGACUGGUAAUGCACCCGCAGAAAAGAUUUUGACAGUCAUCCAAACCAUCAUAUUGAUAGUAAGCACUGAGGUUCCGGUUAUUAACAGGUCGAAUUGCCCAGCCGGUCUCUGUAGCCAAGCCCAUAUGAAGCAGGGCUUUGCUAUCCGUCUUGCACAGAAUAACAAGUUUCACCUAGAACCCGAUCCAUCACUACCGGCAGCUGAGCGUGAGGAAAGAAAAAGAACAUUCUGGUCGCUGUAUCUCCAAGAUAAACUCAUCAGCCUUUCUCGUGGACGUUUCUCCGCCAUCCGGGACGAAGAAUGCAAGGUGUCUUUGCCGUGCUCUGAGGAUGCAUUCAAGGAGGGCCGUGAGGAGAAGACGCCAUUUCUCGACGAACUGACGGGUGACUGUGUGGAACAAGAAGCUAUCGACGGUUGCUGCCCACUUGGUCUGAUCAAUGUGAUGGCAUCCAUACUUGGCCGUGUCUCGCAUUACGUUUUGCAUGAUACCCAAACAUCUCAGCUGGGACUUCCUUGGUCUUCAACAGCCCCUUACGCUACGUUAUCUUCGGCAUUACUCCAAGCAGAACACUAUUUUGGGAUGAACGAGGACCCCUUGGAAAGCUUGAAACAAAGAUGCACCGUCGAUGGUGUCGUUGAUCAACUACUCGCUGGCUCCUUCAUCUUCGCCAAGGCUAUGUUCCACCUAUCUCACUGUCUACUUCAUCACCCAUUUCUUAUUCAACAACGCCUACAGUCCGGUAAACAAAAGGCCCCAUCCGUGUUCAUGAAGACAGCCUGGGAAAAAUGCAGGACUCAUGCGAAGAGCAUCACGGAUCUACUGGAUAUGAAGAACCAGAAUGUGCCUAUACUAACCUCUAUCUACGGAUACUGUAUCAUGGUUGCUGGUACGAUUCAUGCUUUAUCUUUGAACGAUGACAGAGAUCAUAUCCGAAAGGAGAGCCAGAAACAUUACCUUGCUGCCAUGCAAUUGUUACAGGACUUGUCUUGCUACUGGAACCAUGCUGCUCUAAUGGUAAAACGACUAGAGAGAUUUCAUAGUCAGUGCGAGAGUCGCGGACAAGAGCUCUCACCCUCAAACGUCGAGCGAACUCCUGGAGACGUCAAAGCUCUAUGGCAAAGUGUCGACUACACAUCCUUGUCAACUCCAACGAGACCUGGUAGUCCGACGCUGGCAGGCCAAACCUCAGUGGAAGCCGACUGGGGUCUAUCGACGGAUAUGUUUGACUUUAGCGGUUUCGGUGGGUUUGCGGAAGGGGUUGAUGUCUUUAGUAUCUCAUUUGUUGAUGGCGAUAUGACGCUCGGCGACGAAAUUCCGAAUAUGGUGCAAAAUUGGGCAGCUCCGGAAAAGGCAGAUUGA